AUGUCCUCACACCUGCCAGAGAUUCCCCACGAUUUUGAACUAUCCAAGAAUGCUACUGGGCGGUUAGCAAGACCGGCCGAAGAUUACGCGGAGAAAAAGGAUGAUGAGUUCGUCGUGAUUGUGCAAGGAACUUGUGGAACCAUCUUCGAGAUCCCCGGAACCGAGCCCGCAUACAAGAAGGGCAGGGAUCGUGCUUCCCUGUGGAACGAUGUAAACUUCACUAAUACGGCUUGUCGUGCAGUUAUGGUGACAAAGAGCCGCUUGGAGAAAAUAUUCCCAAAUAUAUCAAUUCCUCGCGUCCCUUACUCGUCCCGCGAAGCUUUAAUUCGCCUAUACUUUCCGAAGAAAUUGAGUUAUUCCGCACUCCAAACCCCAUAUAACAAUGCAUGUAUUAUCCGGCUAUACCUCGGACAGCGAAGGACAGAGCGGGAAUUACCCAAUCUGGCACUCAACCUUGAGAAAUUCCCUCUCUAUCUUGAUCAGGUAGAGGAACUCCAGUUGGAUGCCGCCGAGUUCUCGAAAGAGAUGGCUGUUGGGCUGGCCAUCAUCCACUGGGAGGCUUGCAUGGAUGGCAUGGACGUGGAGUUUGUUCUAGGAAGUGAAGCAUCAUUCAGUGACCUUCCUUUGGUUCUCGAAAACUUCAAGGGAGUGGAGCCAUUCAAAAUACCGUCUAGAGACUUUGAGAGACGACAGAUACACCUUUGGAUGCUCGAUUUCGACAAAGCAGGCAAACUCAAUUUUCAGGACUGGAAGUCCUCUCGUGAUAAGAUGGCUAUAGCAGUAACAGGAAAUGAUCCAUAA